AUGGCCCAAUACAAGCCGAUUCGCAGUGCCCUUCCUACCGCGCCUGAGGAUAGGCUGCAUGAUCUCGCUGGUGCAGCCAGUCUCCAUGGAAAGCGACCAAAACGCGUAGCAUGUGUCAGAUGCAGACAAUCCAAGCUUAAAUGUGAAGGCCUGGACAAGAGCACAACUUGUGAACGUUGCGCCAAGCACUCACUGGUGUGCGAGAUUGACACGGACUUCAAACGUAUCAAUAAAAGAGCAAAGCUAGAAGAUCUGUCUGAGCAAGUCAAGGAACUUCAAUCCUUGAUCUCUCGCUCUCAACCGGAGACAAAUGGAGAGAAAUUGACCACUGUUUCUCCUACAAGAGACACUCAUCAUACAGAACAAGCGAUCGUCGACUCUCCAACUGCGACCACUGAAUUGAUACCCUUUCCUAAUGUUGCGAGACGACGGUCCAAUUCGCGGACUCAGUCUAGCGCUCAAGCAGAUUUUACUCCCUCGUUCCGGGGUUCUUCAAUCGAGUCUCCGGCAGUUUCCAGUCAGCGGGCACAGUCUUUCCACUUGUAUAGAUCUGCAAAUUCGCGUCGCUUGGGAGAUCUCCUCCUCGACCAGCAGCAAACCUCAAAUCUAUUUCAGGUGUUUUUCGGCCAUUUCCAUCCGCACUUUCCUAUUUUGAAUCCUAAUCUAACGCCUGAUGAUUGUUACGAACGAUCGCAGCUCCUUUUCUGGACCAUCAUUGCGAUCGCUUCAAGAAGCUACGCAGAAGAAGCUGGCAUUUAUGCUGGCCUCAGAGCCCCGCUAGACAAGAUGAUGUGGGAGAAAAUCUCGAGCACUCCGCACUCUCACUUGACUAUUCAAGCGAUUUUGCUGCUUUGCGUUUGGCCAUAUUCCUCACCUUCGAUGAUAACCAAUCCUUCAUUCAUGCUCAUAUCGAUCGCUAAAACCGCCUGUAUGCAUUUGGGCCUUCAUCGACCGGAGAUUCUUCAAGACUUUAAUCGCGUCAAAUUUCGAGUCCUGCCCGAGCAUGUUGAAGAAGCUGCCAAAGUAUGGGCUGGGUGCUGCAUUGUAGCUGAAAGCAUCACCUCUACUGAGGGUCAAAGUCCGCUGUUUGCAUCCACAGACCCAACAUUGAGUCUCGCCUGCGAUGAUCAGAAUAUUUAUCAUCUGCCUCAACAUCUGAGACAUUUGCUUGUGAUUCAACGAUUUCUCAAUCGUGUGAAUUGCAGCAUGACCGCGGAUACCACCACUCGUGGCGGCCGUUCAUCUGCAUAUGAAGCUGGAAUGCUUCUUGCAUCACUCGAGGACGACCUCCAUCAACUCGAAAAGCACCUAGGUGUUGAUGUAACAGAUGUUUGUAACAUUUGGAUUUCCAGUGCUGCCCUUCAACUCCAAUCAUACUACUUCCUCGAGCCGCUUGAAUCGCCGACUCGAAAACAUGGCCUUCUGCGGGCCUACCACACAGCGACUAAGUUGAUUUCUCAGAUGAAACAUGCGACUGAGCAAAACAAAUUCAAUACUUCUGUUCCUCAUUACUUCUCACAGAUGGUGAAACUCUCAGCUUUGGUUGUCAUGAAAGUGCUCUUCUCAAGUUGUUCUCGAAUUUUGGACAUCGAUGCUGGGAAGAAGACGUUCAACGAUGCAAUCAGUAUGCAGCGCUCAAUGUCUGUGGAAAACAAUGAUUUUCCGUCACGGGACUGUGUAGUCCUGACUCAUCUUUGGGCAAUCAAUCAAUCAUCUGCAACCAAAAGGGACGAAGAACCUACUCUAAGGCUCAACACACGCCACAGUGCUAGUGUACUCCAUGAUUCACUCUGGGUUUGGCGAAACUAUUAUGAGGAAAGAGCAAUCAAUACUGAACAUCUUGGACGGCCGCCUCGAGUUCUUCCAUCGCUAAUCCAACACUCACCAGUCGCAACCAUGGACACUCCAAAUAUCAAUGCCCUUUUUGAGCAAUAUCCCACGCCCCAGGCCGGAGGUCUGGAACAGCAGCUUGGGACCAUGCAAGACAUGCAACAGCUGCAGCCGCGAUUAUCCUCGCAAGGCUUACAAUCUGACAAUAUGGCUGGACCCAACAACGGGCUCUUGGUUCAAAACAACUCGAUUAUGAAUGCAACGUCUCCUGACCCGUUCGACUUGAUGGGUAACUACAUGAUACCUGAAGCAGAGUCCAGCGGCAUGUUCUACCCUAGUUGGAUGUGGGAUGCGGGCUUUUCUCUCCAAUCUUAA